AUGUCAUCAUUACACUUGCCAAGAGUUGUAAGUCAAAGAGGAAAGAGCUCUCUGGAGGUACAACGUGAAAGUUUUGAGCGCAGACAGACAAAUGCAAUCCAUAAAGCUAUAAACAACAGUGAAAAUCCAGUAAAAGAAAAACAUGUUAGAAAUACAAUAUUGGGCAGUUUCCAAGAUCAAGGGGCAAGUACGUUCUGGACUAUCACUGGCAAAUUACCAUUACAAGGUAGUCCAAUUGUUUGUUGGAAAUUUUGUCAUGUUCUUCAUAAGUUGAUGAGAGAUGGACAUCAAAAUGUGGUGAGUGAUUCUAUGAAGUACAGAACACAUUUAAAAGAUUUAGGAAAACUUUGGGGUCAUCUAAAAGAAGGUUAUGGAAAAUUAAUAGCUGCUUAUUGUAGACUUCUGAUUCAGAGGUUAAAUUUUCAUAGAAAGUAUCCCCGUAUACCUGGUAACUUACUGAUGAAUGAUGAACAGUUUAAUAAAAUCUGUGGUUCAGAUGUUAAUAAUUAUUUUGAAUUUUCGAUAGAUAUGUUAGAUCUACUAGAUGAAAUCCUACAUUUACAACAAAAUGUGUUUGGGUCAUUAGAUAUGUCUCGUGCUAACUCAAUGACCACUGCUGGACAGUGUAGAUUAGCACCAUUAAUACUAGCUAUAUUAGAUUCUUGUCAGUUAUAUGAUUAUCUUGUCAAAUCAUUAUUUAGACUUCAUUCUAGUUUAACACCAGAUACAUUAAGUGGACAUAGAGAAAGAUUUCUAAAGGGCUAUAACAAAUUAAAGCAGUUUUACCACAGUUCUAGUAAUUUACAGUAUUUUAAAUCUUUAGUACAAGUACCACAUCUACCAGAUGAACCACCUAAUUUCCUACAAGCAUCUGAUUUUAUUAAACAUGUUAAACCGGUAGCUGUGGUACCUAAUGAACCUGAUCCUGAACCUGAACCAGAUCUUGACACACCUGAUGAAUCUUUAUUGGACCUUGCUGAUCCUCCAUUUGACCAGACAUUUGGUGAGAAUAAUAUGGGUAGUUUUAAUUUUAAUGGUAGACCACCAGAGGUUGAUGAAAGAGAUCUGAUUAUUGAGAGGUUACAGAGAGAAAUAGAAAUAUUAAAAGAAGAAUUACAGAGAGUCAAAACAGAGGAUCAAAGAAUAAUCUCAUCAUUAAAAGAUGAAAUAAGUAAAUUAGAGAAGAUCUUAUCUGAAUUAAGGAUUUCAGCUGAUAAAGCAUUGAAGGAAAAUGACAGUUUGAAGAAAGAAACAGAAGAACUAAGAAUAGCAGCUGUAGCAGCAGAAAAAUUAGGUGAUGCUGAAAAACAAAGUAAAGCCAGUCAAGAAAAGUUUCAGAAAAUGAAGGAUAUUUAUAGUAAAUUAAGAGAAGAACAUGUUCAAUUAUUAAGAAAAGUGAAUGAUAUUACACAGCAAUUAUCAUCAGUAGAAGUGGCUAAAAUGCAAGAUUUAGAGAACACAAGAGGCAAUCUAGAUUCUGAAUUACAUCAAAGUCGAGAAAAUGCAUCAAGUCUUACAGCUCAGUUGUUGGAGAUGCAACAAUCCUCUGAAAAAAGGGAACAAGAGCUGAAUUCAAAGUUAUCCGAGUUAAAUGAACAAUUGCAAAAAACUUUAGAAGAUAAAAACUCAUCAGAGUCGUCUUUAGGAAGUCAGUUAUCUGAUUUACAAUCAAAAUUUGACUCUACAUUAGCAGAAAGAUUGUCUGCUGAAGAGAAAUUAGCCCAGGACAUCCAGUCUCUUCAACAGUUACUAGAGCAGACACAGAAAGAAGGACUGGAAACGCAAGCACUUCUCAACCAGAAUAUUGAUGAACUACACAGAAAAUUAUUAGGAAGUUGUAUAUUAGAAGGUAAAGCUAUAAUUAAAGAUGCUAUAGAUCAACAUGAUAACCCUUCCCAUACAUCAGUCACUUGUACAGCUGAAUAUUUAUUGACAAGAAUAGAGCCUGCCUUAUCCAGUAUCAACAAAUUACAAUCUAGUUCUAAUGUAUAUAAUACAGAUAAAAAAGAUUUAGAAGAACUAGUGAGUAAUAUCAAUGAAUUUAGUCAUUAUAUAGGAGAUUGUAUUAUACAUGGUUAUGCUACAUCACAUUCAGCUCAGAUAGAGCCAGGAGAAGAAUUAUCAUCAUUAUGUAAAGAAGUAGGAAACUCUGGUAUAACUUUAUUAGAUAAAGUAGAACAGAAAGGUGAUGUAGAUAAACAAGUUGAAAUAACAAUACAACAGUUAAAUAAACUAGUCAAACUAACAGAAGACUUAUUACCUAAAAUGGAAGAUGUUAAUUCUGAAGAAAUUGGUGAUUUAGUUGAAAGAGAAAUGGCUGAUACUUCAGCUGCUAUAGAACAAGCUGCGGCUAAGAUUGCUGAUAUGUUAAGUAAAACAAGAGAAGAAUCUACAGGUAUUAAUCUAGAAGUUAAUGAAAGAAUAUUAGAUGCUUGUACUGAAUUAAUGAAGGCUAUUAAAGAAUUAAUGGAACAAUCUCGAGAUUUACAGAGAGAAAUUAUAGCUUCAGGAAGGGGUACAUCAUCUGCUAAAGAAUUUUAUAAGAAAAAUCAUCGCUGGACAGAAGGUCUACUAUCUGCUGCUAAAACUGUAGGAUUUGGUGCUACAUCUCUUUUGGACUCUGCUGAUAAAGUGGUAAAUGGACAAGGAAAGUUUGAAGAAUUAAUUGUAUUUGCCCAGGAUAUAGCUGCUAGUACAGCUCAGUUAGUGGUAGCAUCGAAAGUGAAAGCUGAUAGAAGUAGUAAAACAUUAGGAUUAUUAUCCCAUGCUUCUAAACGUGUUAAUAAUGCUACUGGUAAUGUAGUAGCGUCUGCUAAAACUGGUUCACAAACUAUUGAAGAUCAAGGCUUAAUGGACUUCAGUAAAAUGACACUAUAUCAAACUAAGAAAAUGGAGAUGGAAGCCCAAGUGAAAGUAUUAGAGUUAGAAAAUGAAUUAAAGAAAGAGAGAAUGAGAUUGGGUGAAUUAAGGAAACAACAUUAUCAAUUAGCUGGAGAAAGUGAAGGUUGGGAAGUCAAUCAGGUAAUUAUUUGUUAA